CCUGUUGACAUUCUCUUCAUCUCUUGCAAAAAUAGAUGGCGUGGCGUUGAAAAGAAGCACUAAGAAAACUCAACUGUUGCAAAUUGCAAUAUCAGACGGCCAUUGGAACAGUGCAUGAAGAUGGAAAGUGAAAACUCAAACCUGACUGACAGUCUUCCUUUCUUCGAAGAGCUUGAACUUGAUGGCUGUGAUACAACAGGUUUUCAGCAGGGUGAAGAUGUUGCUCAUACACACACACCUGAUCAUGCUCAUGAAGAUUCAAUAAGUUUACCUUUAAUUGAAGAAUUAUUGAAACCGUGUUUGCAGCUAUCCAUAGAUGACUCGGUCAAUGUCCCAGAAACUAUUUCUGUUUUAAUGAAAGAAAAUCCAGAUUUUUUUGACAGUCAAACCAAUUAUGAUCCUUCCAUAUCAAUCAAAAGGAACUUUCAAGAAUGCCAUACAGAUACUAAUGAUAAUGAUAGUUAUGAUCAGCAUGGUUCUGUUAAUGGCAGAGACGUCUGUUUAGAUAAAGUGGAAGAAAAUCAUGAAGGUAUUCAUCAAAUUCAUGGUGUAAAUAAAGUUCCAAAAAGUUGCAAUAGAACAGUUGAAGUGUGCGUCCAGAAAGACAAAGACAUUGAAACAUCUGUUAUAACUGAUCUUCAUGAAAUAAGAAAUGAUCUUUUCAACCUUGUGCAAGUUGAACCCCAUAUGCUGACUUCUUAUUCGAAUCAAUCACUUUUCUUGGAUAACUUUAAAAAAUUCAGGCCUACACAAAAUUUAGAAGCACAAGGUCAUGAGGAUAGUGAUGAGUUCGACAAAAGAAUGGUUGGAAAACGAAAAAUCAACAAUCUACAUUUAUCUACUUCAAGAGAAUCAUUUGCAAAUACAUUUGAAAAUAUGGUCGAUUCAAUUUCUGAAACUCAAGAAAAUUCUGAAAACUUGUUUGAACCAAACUGUGUUGAAAGGCUAGAGGAAAUCAAUAAUGAUUCCGCACAUUUUAUAGAAGUUGAUGAAGCAAAUCCUGAGGAUCUUGAGCUGAGUAUGUUGAGGGACUUGCAAGAUAUAAGAAAUAUUUUAUCUGACAUAAACAUUGAUGACAAAGAAAGGGUUAGGGGGAUUAGGAUGGAGGAGAUAGAAGAACGAUGUAGCCUGAAUGAAGACUAUGGGCUUAUCAGUUUAUUUGAGGAACCACAGUCAGACACGCAUGCUAGUCAAACAGAAAAGAAGUCAAAAGCCAGCAGAAAAAGGAAAAAACAACAGAAGAAACUGAUCAAGCCUGCUACACAACCAAGAACUUCUAGGAAAAGAUUCGUAGAAUCAUUUGAGGAAUUACAACAAUCACAGUUCACUUUUGAAGAGAUCUACUUUGACCCAAAAUUCACGUGCAGUGUUUGCCUAGAGAUGUACCACUUGCCAAGCACGUGUUCCCCAUGCAAUCAUGUGUUCUGUGACACCUGUCUGCGCAGAUUGACGACAGCUGGGUCUGAGGGAAUUCCCUGCCCGCUUUGUAGGACUGUGAUUAAUAGAUGUGAUUUGGAUACAGCCCUGGAUGACCAUCUGAUGGUAACAUAUCCAGACGUAUACACAUAUCGGGCCAUUCAGGAGCGCAACUCCAAAUAUCGACACUUCCAUCUACCCUUUACUCCGGCUGUUCCCCUGGCAAAACGAAUUUUACGACAACUUAUAGCAAGUAGGAGAAACCAGUCAGACUUUCACUGGAUGUCACAUGACUGGUUUAAAUUUCUUCUCGGGUGCACGGCAGGGAUUUGUCUUUCGUUGACGAUUAUGUUGUUGAAUCGUGUGAGAAGGCAUCUAUCACGUCACAAGAUGGACGGCGACCGCAUGGACAGACGGACCGGCGGCACAGUCGACAGGCGACGGGAAGUCAUCCAGGCCCUCGAGAUGAUCACACUAUCGAAGGUAGACAGACGGGCGGUCGGAUGGAGGGCGGACAGACGGACGCACAUUUGCCAUGAAAGAUGUUCGAAAGGACAUGAUAUUGACGAAGCUUUUAAGCACGUUUUUAAGGCAACGAACACUGCAAUUCCAGGACUUUUUGACAAUGGUUCGGAUGUGACUUUUCAGCGACCAUUCUGUGCGGAAGAAAUCAAAUACGAUCAAAUCGAGUCCAGCGUUCUUAAGGCACUAGACGAAGAAGAAACUGAAUUAAAAGGCGACCAGGACAUUGAUACUCAUUCCAAUGAGAUAUAUGAUACUGUUUCAUCAAUACCUCUAGAAAGAUUUAAGGACCAAAAAACAAUCAAGGUCUUUGAAUACAGUGGUCAAAAUGAACCUAUAAAACCGACACAGUUAUUGGAUAGAAUCUUGUUUGUUUACAAAAUGCGAGGAGAAAUCGUUAUUCCAACUAUGGUGCUAAAGGGAUCAGAUUCUGGUCAAGAUUUGUCAGAAAGGAGCGGAGAUGGGGUAAAUUCCAAAAUACCUCAUUUGCGGUAUGCAAAUGGUUCAGGACUCUCACGGAACCUUCCGAGUCAUUCCGAUAUUAAACGAUUACUAUAUAGCCCAGUAAGUCAAGGCGAUCCGGAGAUUUCCGGAAACGACAACGAACGUGCUCAUAAAUUGUCGUUAUAUGGGGAAAAUACUGCCCCUCCAUUAGUCGACCAAGUGAAAACUCGAAACAGACGAAGAAAGAUCGUCUGCAGAGUUUGCAAACGUUCUCCUGGUGAUCAUCAUAAAUGGUGCAUGUAUUUUGAUGUUGGUGUUUCAAAGGGGUCGUCGAACUUAGAAUUAAGUCGUUCACGCACUGAAGAAUGUAUUUCUUUAAGAACAUCUACAGAGAAUGAAAGAAAAAGAACAAGCAUAACGCCAUUGACUCGAUCAAAGUCGUCAUUCGAAGCAUUUCCUAUAAAUCGAAACAGAACGAAUUUUGAGACAAUACAUCGUGAUGUUUACAUCCGGGCAAUAGCCGAUUCACGCGCUCGCCUCGUUAUGAAAAAGGCGCACAAUUUUGUCACUCAGACGACAAAACCGUGGGUGUUCUCGUAUUAUGGAGGGCUAAGAAAGAAUGAAUCUUUGUCAGGUAAAAAUGGGAUGGACCGAAUAUUUCGACAAGAGCACACGGACUUUACAUAUUAUUACGAUACAAUUGUUAAAAACAGUGUGAAAACAGUUGAUUAGACUAUAUUGAUUUAAUUCAUGACUUAAUCACCUUUUAAAAUAUUAAUUGAUAAAUCUUUUUCAUAGAUAAACCAGUAUUUACAAGUUGCA